UGCGUUUUAUUACAUUUCAGAUUAUAUAUGGGUGCGAUAUAGAACAGUUUUUAAUAACAACUAUGUGCCAUCAAUGAAGUCUUCAAUGGGUAUUGAUUUGGCUGUAUCGGUUUUUGCGGUUCUAUCUUUAUUAGGACAAAGUAUCGUCUGCUUAUAAAUUGUCAUCUGCGCUGUUGGAAGGCCACAGUUCUAGUGGAAGUGCAUGUUGUGAAUUAAAAGGAAAUAAAACACUGUUGUUUGAUCAGUCGGGUAUUGGUUUACCUUAAUAAGAACAUGAUUUUAUCGGCAUAUCGAAUGCGAACUCGAAGGCUUGUUUAAAUGCCUAUUUGCAUAUCCAUUUCUAAAUUAUUUUAUCUUUUGCCAAACAAAAACGGCUUUUGAUAACACAAAUCGAUGAAGGAGACUUUAAAAAGAUUUCUUUCAAGAUAAAAGAAAACCGGGUAGUGAUUUCUUUCUGUUUAGAAAUAAAGUGAAAGUGGGACUUAAAUAUUUAUUCUUUUCGACUGGAUAUUUACGUUUUGUGGUUAAAAUGAAAUAGCAAAAAUGCCAGCGACAUCGGAUAGUGUCAAAGUUGCGGUCCGGGUUCGUCCAUUUAACCAGAGAGAGAAAAAUGCAGGUUCCCAAUGCAUUAUUUCUAUGCGGGACAAAACAACGGUGAUUAAGAACCCGGAAACCGGCGACACGAAGUCAUUUGCAUACGACCAUUCUUACUGGUCACAUGACGGGUGUACAGAGAAUCCUAGCGGGAUUUAUGAACCCGAGUCCGGAAGCAGCUACGCGGACCAGAAAUGCCUGUUCUCGGAUCUGGGCCAGGGUGUUCUGGACAAUGCCUGGCAGGGUUAUAACGCCGCCCUUUUCGCGUACGGACAGACAGGGUCGGGCAAGAGCUACUCCAUGAUCGGAUAUGGGGCCAACAAAGGGAUCGUUCCCAUUACCUGCGAGGAGCUGUUUAAGGCCAUUGAGGCGAAUACAGAUAAAAAGAAACAAUUACGGGUAUUCUUCAGCAUGCUGGAGAUCUAUAACGAGCAGGUCCGAGAUCUGCUGGUCAAGGAGAAGGCUCCACACGGCGGGCUGAAGGUCCGACAAAACCCUAAAACAGGCUUCUAUGUGGAAGGGCUGAAGCAAGUUCCGGUGCGUAGUUACCGCGAGAUCGAGAAGUUGAUGGAGAACGGAACCAUCAAUAGGACGACGGCCUCCACGAACAUGAACGCCACCAGCAGCCGCUCACACAUGGUCAUUACCAUCAGGUUUGAGCAGGUGAUGGUGAACGAGACCGGACAGAGCAACACGAGAAGCAGUGACAUUAACCUGGUGGAUCUGGCGGGCUCCGAGCGUGCAGACUCUACGGGCGCCACCGGGGACCGCCUCAAGGAAGGGUCUGCCAUCAACCAGAGUCUCUCCACGCUGGGAAACGUAAUCAGCGCCCUAGCAGAUCAGGCGAUGGGGAAAAAGAAAGUAUUGGUUCCAUAUCGGGAUUCAGUCCUCACUAAACUCCUUCAGUCUGCGCUCGGAGGAAACAGCAGAACAAUUAUGAUAGCUGCUCUCAGUCCUGCAGACAUCAACUAUGACGAAACCUUGUCUACACUCAGAUAUGCCGACAGAGCCAAGAAGAUCCAAAACAAUGCCACAGUUAACGAGAGCCCCACAGACCGCCUUAUCAGGGAACUGAAGGAGGAGAACGCCCGGUUGAUGGCCGUCCUGAAAAAGCAGGGGGGAGGGGAUACUUCCGGCAUUGAUUUAAAUGACAACGAUAUCCAACAGAUGCUAGAGGACAACCAGCGGAAGAUGGUGGACAUGCAGAUGUCCUGGGAACAGAGACUUGAACAAGCCAGACAAAAUUGGGAACGCUCGCACGUGACAGAUGCACGUGAGGAAGACGCGGAAUGGAAACACUUGCCAUAUAUCACGAACGUGAACGAAGACCCUCAACUUUCCGGAGUCAUAAAACAUAUAUUAAAAAAGGGGUGUACGGUGAUUGGCAGACAAGGACCGGGAGACAAUGCAAUACAACUAAGAGGGCUUGGCAUCCAGCCAAAGCACGUGGAGAUUGAGACGGACGGCACGGCCGCUUUCCUAACGCCUAACUCCCCCGCAGCUGUCGUAUGUGUCAACGGCAUUCGGGUCCGUGAACGUUCACGUAUUCAGCACCAGGACCGUUUGAAAAUUGGGUCUGGUAGUUUGUUCCUGUAUAUUGGCUAUCCGAGGGAACGCAAAGAUGACGUCACUACCUACGAUUACGAUUACUUGAUGACGGAACUUGCCGAGCACGAUGGUGUGUCCGUUGACAUAGCAACGCCGAGGUCGGACCACCCCGUACAUGAUGUAGCCAAUAGAAUCCUAUUUCAGGAGUUUGUUAAUUUGAUGCCCAAAAUUGCCGAGGCUAAUGCAGUCAGUGAAGAGUUGAAACGGUUUACAAAGUUUGAGCCCCUUGUUCGGAGUGAGUCAAGUCAUGACCCCAAAGGCACGGCCCCUGGAAAGGAGGUCAUGGUCAAGGUCACAAACAACAAAACCAAAAAGGUGUGGAUCUGGUCAGCGAGCAAAUUUUACAACCGGAAGGACCUGAUGGAUGAGCUCUACCACAAAUCCCUGGACGGAGAGAGCACAAUCCUAACCCGGGAUAAGGACCCCUUCUGGGAUCCAGUGGAAGACGUCUUCCUUGGCAGUUGCCAUAUCAUGCUACAAAGUAUCAGCUAUUGUGCAGAGGUGGAUGAACACUUCACCGUGCAUAACUACCACGGAAAGGAGGAGGCAGUCGUGCACGUGCAAUUGUUACCAUGCAACGAGAAAGGGAAGAUAAUCGAGGACGAUAUAAUUCUCGAGCCCAUAGACUUGUUGGGAAAAUCGCUUAAUUUCAUGUGCCAGAUUCCGCAAUGCAUGAGUGUGAGAUGGAUAAAUGAAGACGCGUCUAGAGGGGUGGAGUGCAGGUUCACAAUGCCUUUCCAGAAGUCUGCACGAACGAAAUCCGUCUAUCACAAGAGCUUCGUAGAGUUCGAUUUCAAACAACAGUAUACGUACAAGGCCAUAACACAGAAAAUUCUGGACUACCUGCAGACAAACUCGCUGGUGUUAGAACUGUGGGGGAAACAAGUUAAUGAAGAUCAACAGCUUCAUGUCAGUGCAAUAAAUAACGGAGUGGAUCACAAAGAGACCCAAACUCUAAAACCGUCAGAUUCUACAAACGACGUUCUUGACCAACUGAAGUCUAGAGAAAAUGAGCUGGAGACGCUGCGUGGAGAUUAUGAGCAGGUGCGCAAAGACAACUUCCGGUUGAAACAGUCGCUCAUGAAGACGGAGGACAGACUGAAGCGUAUCGAUAUGAAGACAAAAACUCCACCACAGCAGAAAAAAGCUAGUCGCGAACGCAUGAUGUCCGCAGUUAAAGCCAGUGCUACCCACGCGCCGCUGAACGGGGUCGAGAGUGACUCGCAAACCGGGACACUGGACCUCGAGUUUGCAAUGGCUCUGCGAGAUUUCUUCCGCGAUGUGAGAGAGGUUCAGAACGGGAUGAAAGACAUGAAGGAUUAUGCAUCCACCACUAAACAAAACGUUGGCGCGAAUGGUCUCAAGUCAUCUUUUGAGGAACACGAACGGAAAAUUGUGAAAAUUGACGAUACACUCAACAAGUGUCUUAACUCCUUGAAAAAGAGCGCUGCUUCCGCGCUCCGUAAAUCACGCCCAGGUACGGAAAAGUGAGGUUGAACAGCAUCAGGGGACGAACAUGUAAACGCGAUGGUCUCGUGAAUUUAGGAACAUUUGUUAUACCUGACUCCACCCUAUAUUCAAUAAUAUUCAUUUCAAAUGAGAAGCGUUUAGAUGGUUAUCGCGUCAGAGCACUGACAUACGAAAGCGAAGGUAUCGCUUAUCUAGAAAUAUACACAAAGAUGCGCAUGUCAUUGACACCGGUAUUGUCUGUUUAAUCCGGGGACGACACGUGGAGGCGUUUAUUUAGAAAUAUACACAAGCAUAUUUUUUAUCAUCGGUACCGUCUGUAUCAUGUAGUUAAUUGAGUAUUAUUGUAAAUGGCAGUCGCGUCAAGGGACAGGCAGGUGGAAUCGAAGGUGGCACAUAUGGUUAUGUCUCAUAUGGUGCGUCCCCAGUGAACGGGUUGUUAGUUUUUAAUCGGAUUAAGCCUUCAAUCGCGAUCGAAUUUAUACGUUCGUGUUGAUCUUUAACAAUAACUUUGUGAACUCAUUUUGGGUUUCAUCAUGUCAAUGUCUGCCAAUUCUAGUUAAUUUAAAAGUAAAACAUUGUAUCCCGAAGAAAUUGUGAUUGCUUUUCAUCGAUAUAAAGUAUAAAGCCGUUAGCAUUCUUGUUUCAAGUAAAACAUGGCAAUUAUUUAAUAACACACAAGAAUAGUUUAUUUUUAUUUUUGGAGCUUUUUACUGCAACAACCUGUAUGGUGUGAAGUGUAAGGUCAUCUUCAAGGAGACUAAAAGGAAGUCGCAUCAACAGUGGAAAGCAUAUCGCCGUUUUCACAGAAGUUCUUGAUUCGAUUGUCAAGUUUUGUAGCACUACAUGUAUAUCAUAAUGUGUACGUAUUUGGUAUAUCAUAUCUCUUAUAUUAUAAUAAGUGAACGACAUGACUAAUUAACCAGAGACUUUCAAUUGGUAUGUUAGUUUAUCAGUUUUAUCAAAUUUGUGGCUCAGAAAUGUUUUUAAGAGUGUACAAAUAAGAUUUUGUUUGUUUAGAUAUGAAUUUGUCUAUGCUUAUAAUACAAUAAUGUAUUUCAUACAUAGACGGGCAUUGCACGUCCAAUCCGUAAUAUAUAAAAUAAUAUCAUGCUUCAACAGUAUUACAUUUUUCUUGCUAAUGUCAUUAUUCUUAUUUAUUUUACACACAUACUUAUAUAUAAUACAUAUGUAUUUAUUCGAGCCAGUGUGAUUAUUAUAUAAAAGAUGUACUAUACUA